AUGUCUGAACGUACUGUCCUCGUUACUGGUGCCACUGGCCUACUCGGCCGUGAGGUUUCCGCCGCUUUUGGUCUCCAGAACUGGACUGUGAAAGGGACAGGCUAUUCGCGCGCGGAUGGAGUCAAUACAUUCAAAGUUGAUCUUGGAAACGAGGCCGAAGUGGCCAGUUUUCUCGAUGAGACUAAACCACAGGUUAUAGUUCACUGCGCUGCCCAGCGUUUCCCCGAUAAGGUCGACAAAGAUCCUGAGGGCGCCCGGGCGCUCAACGUCGUAGCAAGCAAGACACUUGCCAAGCUGGCGGCGGACAGAGACAUCUUUAUCAUCUACAUCUCAACUGACUACGUAUUUCCCGGUGUGCCCGGAGACGCUCCAUAUGAGGCCGAUGCCGAACCUCGACCAACCAAUCUCUACGGCCAAACCAAACUAGAUGGCGAGCAUGCCGUCUUAGAUGCCCUAAAGGAGGCAGGUAAAGAUGGCCUAGGCGUUGUACUUCGCGUUCCUGUCCUGUACGGAAAUGCUGAGAUACCGGCCGAGAGUGCGGUCAACGUUCUGAUGGACGCGUUGUGGAAGGCCCAGACAGAAGGGGCCCAAAUCAGCAUGGACCAUUGGGCGAUUCGUUAUCCCACCAACACAGAAGAUAUCGGUCGAGUCUGUCACGAUAUCUCUGUCAAAUACCUCGAUACUCCCAGCAAUGACCGUGCUUCUCUUCCUCACAUCCUCCAGUUUUCUUCUGAAGACCGGAUGACAAAGUACGAGAUAGUCGCACUGUUUGGUGAGAUUAUGGGCCUGUCAACAGAAGGGAUCAAACCCAAUACAGAAGGGAAUGACCCGAAUGCCAGCGUACAACGGCCUUACGACUGCCACCUGAGCACAAAGACACUAAAGGACUUGGGAAUUGAUGUUUCGACAUGCGACUUUACAGGCUGGUGGAGGCGUGAGGUUCGUGCGUUUCGCAAAUAA